AGGUCAUGUGCCGCGGUCGCGUCUUCAGGGUGCUGGCCCGGAUCGCGCGCGUCCGGAGGCGCUGAAGAGCCACCCAGCUCAGAUCUUGGGGGAAAUGAUACCCCUAUACCCUCGCCCCGCGCUCUGCCACCAUUUCCGUCCUUCUCUUCUCUGCUCAGCGUUUAAGAACGCGGCCAGCGCCCGGCAGGGAGCCGGGGCCGCGGGCCUCUCCGAGCCCGGCCCAGGCGCGCUACUCCGGACGCUGUCCAGCGCUCGCCGCCAGACCCGAGGCUGCAGCGGAGCCAGUGAGGUCGGGGUGCGGGCUGGAAGGCACCAGCUUUCUAAGGCACGGAGAUGCUACAAGCCGGUCCCACCGUCCCCGCCCCUCGUGGUGUCCCCCAGCAAGCGGGCGCGAACCGAGGAGAAGGGCAGCAUCCAGCUCCGCUUUGCCCGGCUCUCGGAGCACGCCACGGCUCCGUCCCGGGGGUCCGCCCGGGCUGCAGGCUACGACCUGUACAGUGCCUAUGAUUACACAAUACCACCUAUGGAGAAAGCUAUUGUGAAGACAGACAUUCAGAUAGCUCUUCCUUCUGGGUGUUAUGGAAGAGUAGCUCCACGUUCUGGCUUGGCUGCAAAACACUUUAUAGAUGUUGGAGCUGGUGUCAUAGAUGAAGAUUAUAGAGGAAAUGUUGGUGUUGUACUAUUUAAUUUUGGCAAAGAAAAGUUUGAAGUCAAGAAAGGUGAUCGGAUUGCACAGCUCAUUUGUGAACGGAUUUUUUACCCAGAAAUAGAAGAAGUUCAAGUUUUGGAUGACACUGAAAGGGGUUCAGGAGGUUUUGGUUCCACUGGAAAGAAUUAAAAUUUAUGCCAAGAAUAGAAAAUGAAAAAAAAACUGUACCUUUUUUUU